AGGCUACCUCUACUAGCUAGCCGAGGAGCUAAAGGCUUGUGAUGGCCGAUGAUGAUGAUCUGGACGAUCUGCUGGAUGAAGUGGAGAAAAAGUUUUGUCGUAACGUGUCCGUCACGUCUCCAGCUCACGUGAACUCGACUGGGGCUACAAAAUGCGAGAAAAAGACAGACGAACUGGAAAAACUCAGUGGCGCAAAUGUCCGCCACGCUGUGAGCAGUGUCAGUGAUGAUAUCGACGCCCUGCUGGAAGAGUUGUUGGAAGAAGACUACGGAGAUUCAGCUCAUCCAAAGACAAAACAGUGUUGUGAGGGAAGACAAGUGGACAAAAAGCUGUUAUCUCAGCCUGGAGGAAGAAAGUGCUGUCCUGUUUUCAUUGGUGGGAGCUCAGUCUCAAAUGGAGUUGGAACGGCGACAUCCCAAAGGUCAUGUGACCAGCUGCGGUGUGUUUCCUGUGACUUCCGGGUGCUGAUGUUUGAUGACUGUGAGUGGGACUCAUCCUGUGAUUACUUGUUCCUGAGGAACAACAUGCCGGACCGUCAGAAGCUCAGGAGCAAGUUGCAGAGGAGGACAGGUUUGCGGGCGUACGCCUGCCAGUGCAGCUGGUUCUCCACCCUGGAGCCGGCAGACCUCCGGGACCACCCUCGGCUCCGAUGGGUCUGUGGCAGACACCAGGACUGACGCUCACUCCACACCUGCAGAGAACGUAUCUUCUCUUUGCAGUUUGUGAGUCUGGAGCUCUUUGUUGUUGUUUUUUUUAAAGCAUAAUUUCAUCCACUUGACUCAAGCAGCAUCUGAGAUGUCAGAGAAAACAGAGACAAUCACCAGGAUGAAGAUUUGAAGAUUAAAGGGCUGAUGGGUCAGCGAAACACUGGGUCCGCCCAUUCACCAUGCAUGAGAAAUACUUGUUUUAUCCAUGUCACUUAUACUAACCUGAGAAACAGCAGUGUGGUGGCUGUAAUAGUCACACUCAGGCUAGUUCGACAUCAUUUCCUUGGAAAAGACACUUAGAAAAUAAAGCAAUCAUGGAACAGAAGCAGAGUGAAUCAUUACAGCUUGUUGGGUGUUUUCCACAUGACAUCUGUAGAGCUGUAGAGGAAAGAUGUAGGAUUUGGUGUGCUCAAUUAUGAGAUACUUUUGGAUUUAAGUUUUAAAUGUAAUUUUUUGUUUGUUUGUUUGUUUGUUUUGUCUGUUUUUUACUGAAUUUCUUUCAAAGGGAGGCUCACUCAUGAAAGAAGAAAAAAAAAUGCACCAGGAGAUGCAAUAACCUCCAAAAAAUAAGACAUCGUGAGAGCUGGAUUUAUGAGAGCUGUAAUCCCGGUCUGAUACCUUUUGUCCAUAUGUCUUGUUGUUAUAUACGGACAACACCUCGUUCCAUUAAAAGAAGAUAACUUUUUAUUGCACUUUGUGAUCCGCCUGCCUCUGAAAACACACCGGAAGAACUGAGUCUAAUCCUGACUUUUUAUAAUUGAAGGACUCUGAUUGUGAUUCAGUGAGCGUUCGGAGUUUUAUGUGCAGAUGAGUCCAAAUGAAGCAGUGUGUGCUCACUGCAGUGAGUAAACAGACAUGGCAGAUGUGUUUGUGGACAACAGAAAAACUCUGAGUCACAGAGAAUUAAAACUUUCCAGUGAAUGGAUGCAGCCACAGCACCUCUCAGCACAGUCCACUCAGUAUUUGUGUCUCUGCACUUACUUUCGAGACAGACGUCAUUCCUUUUUCUGAUAUUGAAAAGAUGACACAUUUUACAGCCACCUGUGAUCAAUAUCAAGCCAGCAGUAGUUUACAAAAUGUAUCUGGGUGUUGCUGUGUAUUGUUUCAGUUCUUACAGCUACAGGAAACAUGGAUGGUUAAUGAUGAUAAAACCUCCGAUCGAAGGGUCUAGAAGAUUGUACACACAGCUUAUUCUGCUGCGGGGAUCCUGUUGAUGCUCAGCUGGGAACAGUUCCGGCUCGUCUGAGAAGCGAUAGUGCCCGAGGGAAACACAAGUCUUCCUGCUGCGAGAGUGAAACGACAGCAGCGGGAAAGACUCAGACAUCAGAUCUCUGCGAUGGAAUAAAGUCGACGCCGACGAUCAAUGCGAAACUCGGUUGCUUUGUUCUGUUCAAACUGAGUCU